AUGGAAGAUGGAGGUAGUUAUGCCGCUGGUUUGAACCCACUGCUUUCCUCUGCCCACAAUUUUCAAGCUCUGAGAGAUGUUAGCCGGCAUAUUCUCGCAGAUGAUUCACCCAGUGAACCACGUCUACGGAAUGCAACGAUGAUCUUGGGUUGUUCAAACACUUAUCAACAAUUGAUAACCGCUCCGUUAGUUGAGGAAAUUCCAUGGAUUCUGGCUCAGUACGGUGACGCGAAGAUCGGUCUCAAUUCACCGUUGAAUAUCAAUGUUAAAAAGUCGGGAAAGGUAAAAGCUUGGGGAUCAUGGUUAUUGCUUAUAAGCACUUCAAUUCCAGUCCAUUUCCUCGCAAACUCGGUCAUUGGUUCCUCGUUCUAUAUCGAGAUGCCAACGAAUGUAACUUAUAAUUAUCACGACUUCAAUCUCACCUCCACUCAGAUUAUCUAUGAGCACGAACCAGUUAUCUUCGUGACAUGCCACGAUUCUGCAUGUUGGACUUCUUUUAGAGCCGGGAUCUACGUUUUGCCUAACAUGAUGUCUGAUUUAAGUGGUCAAUACGAAGUUGAAAUGCCCGGGAAAUCUCCAUCCUUCAAAACCGUUUCUGUUAACUACAAUCAAAAUUGUACAGCAUAUAAAGGGACAGCAUCUGUCUAUGAAGCUUUGAAAGAAAAUGCAAGAAAUUUAACGAAUUUGACAAAGCCGCCGUACCACGAAUACUGCAGGUAUGAAAAUGAAGAUGAUCGCGGGUACUUUCAGAUUUGCGGCACAUCUCUCUCGCAAGUUCUCAAAGAAAACUACGGUACCUGGGGAGGUUCCUCUUCUAGUGCUACUUUAACAUCACUCCCACCUGAUAAAGUUAGUAGUGAAUUACUCGCUUUCGCUAUCUCCAACGGCGCGCAGUUCCUAUUUAGUUUACUUUAUUUGCUGCUCAUUUAUAAUGUAACCCUCAUAUAUAUGGAACGAGAAUGGGGUACCUUCGAGCUCCAGCGCAAAAAGCCUAGGGCAACGAUCGUAUCCGGGACCACGUUUGAACAAUCUUAUUUUCUCCAACUACCUCCCAAGAUUCUCCUUCCUCUCAUGACCUUUGCAGCAGCCAUGCAUUGGCUCCUUGGCCAAUCAAUCUCAACCGUCGAAUCCAUCUACACGGAUCCAUUGCACGGAGUAGAGCACUCGAUAUAUCAUGUCACAUAUGCGGCAUAUCCGAUUUUCUUGAGUUCGUUAUUGAUGGUAGGACAGACGGCUGUUUGUUGGUGGGCUUUUACGUACAGGAGAGAGGGCUUUAUUCCCCAAAUGUAUGGCAGUAUUAGGACUUGCUGUGCUAGUACGAGCGAACUUGAGGAUUUUAGGGAUGGAGGAAUCCAGUGGGGUGAUUUGGGUAUGGGUGAGAGUUUUAGACAUGCAGAACCAGGAAAAAUUAUACCAGCAGAAAUAUACUGCGGUCGUGGUUAA